AUGCCUGGCCCAUCUGCCACUGCCAAUCGGGGCGCUAGCAAGGCCAAGCUGAAUCCAUUGUGGUAUCACUAUGCCUGCGCCACAGUCCUCGCCGCGAUUGUCGUGGGGAACCUACUCCGGUGGUUGUUGAUAGACUGGGCAGACCCGUACCACUGCUCGGCCGUACUCAACAAGGGACAAUGGAUGGAUCCUGGCGUAUGGAAGCAAUGGCAGCCAGAAGGCUGCUUCCACCAACCCCUCAAGCACACUGGCUACUUUUCCUGCCUUGCUCAACCCGUCACGUCGUCGCCCAAGCGCCAGGUCCUCUUUGUGGGCGACUCGUCUGUCCGGCAGCUGUACUUUGCCUUUGUCCGCUUGGUGGACGGAGGAAAAGGCGCGAUACCGGCAGAGUGGGGGAGCGAGGGCGAAAAGCACUCGGAUAGGCGUCUCACGUUCUACGAUCAGGCGGGAACAGCAACGGAGCGGGCAUUGGAACUAGAGUUUUGGUGGGACCCAUACCUCAACACUACACGCACCAUCUCCCUCGUCGGCUCGACCUCGUCCGAUCCUUCGUCUCUACUUGUCAUGGGGUCUGGGCUAUGGUACCUCCGCCAGCCCACCUCUGGCGGCCUGGAAGCCUGGGGCGAAAUGAUUCAUCAGACGUUCGAGUCGCUCAAAAUCAGCCAAGGCUCGCCUCGUACCGCCCUGCAAGCCCCCUGGAACCCCAUGUCCACGACUGGCGGCCCCGGUUUCGGCGUAUCCGACGCGGUCGUCUUCCUCCCCGUCACCGACGCGGUCGAAGGGCUCCUUUCCCCGUCCCGCGCAGAGACCAUCAUGCACACCGACAUCGAGGCAAUGAACGCCGAUCUCCUCGCGCGGCUCACGCACGAUACGCCUCCUCCCGUCAUCGUCCCCACCGUCUUCAACCAAAUGCUGGUCCCGAGCGAGACCACGGACGGGCUGCACUUUUCCGACAAGAUCAUGAACAAGCAGGCGGAGUUGCUGCUGGGGUGGCGGUGUAACGACGUGACAGAGUCGGCGUCAGGGUGCUGCAAGCGGUACAAGUGGACUCGGCCCGUCCAGGCUGCGCUGCUGGUGUUCUUUAUCGUCUGGGCGCCUCUCUCCCUUCUCGGUCCAAAGCUUCACCCAUCGCUUUACCAAUUCAUGCCCAAACCCGCACUCGCCACUGCGCUUUCCUCGUUCGGCCUCGCCAUUGGCUACCUCUUCUUUGCCGAUCGCACCACCGUAUUCCUCAAGGAAAACAAAGUGUACGACGCCAAAAUCUUUGGCGGCUUGACCUUGGCCGCUCUUGUCGCUGGUCUCUCCACCAUCAAGAACGGCGGCAAAGACCUCGGCUUCCUCAACCGGGACAUUACCGAUGAAUGGAAAGGCUGGAUGCAAAUCGCGAUUCUCAUCUAUCACUUUUUCGGCGCAUCGAAAAUUUCUGGCAUCUACAAUCCCGUACGAGUCCUGGUCGCUGCCUAUCUCUUCAUGACAGGAUACGGCCACUUUUUUUUCUACUACAAAAAAGCCGACUUUGGGUUCGACCGAGUCGCUGCCGUCCUCGUCCGCCUCAACAUGCUCUCGGUCGUCCUGCCCUACACUAUGAACGCCGACUAUGCGUUCUACUACUUUGCUCCCCUCGUCAGCUGGUGGUACAUCAUCAUCUACGUCACCAUGGGUCUCGGCUCGAAAUACAAUGACCGCGCCUUCUUCCUCGUCCCCAAACUCCUCCUCGCCGCCGGUUCCAUCACUGCCUUCAUGCACUACACCUGGAUCAUGGAGUCGAUCUUUUCCUUCCUCAACACGGUCUUCCAAAUCCAAUGGUCCGCACGGGAAUGGUCCUUCCGCGUCACCCUCGACCUCUUUAUCGUCUGGAUCGGCAUGUUCUCCGCCUACGCCUACAUCAAGGCCAAGGAGCUCCAACUCCCCGACAAGCCAUGGUUCGGCAACGUCCGCGCAGCCACCCUCAUCCUCAGUGCCCUGGCGUUGGUGUGGUACUUUUGGUUUGAGCUGUCAUUUGACAAGUUUGCCUAUAACGGGUAUCAUGCCUACGUCUCGUGCGUCCCCAUCCUCGCGUUCGUGUUCCUACGCAACGCUACCCCUCUGCUCCGCUCAGUCAGCUCGUCCCUAUUCACCUUCAUCGGCCAAUGCUCCCUCGAAACCUUCAUCCUCCAAUUCCACGGCUGGCUCGCGAGCGAUACCAAGGCCAUCCUCCUCGUCCUCCCUGCGACCAAAUGGCGCGCCGUCAACAUCGUGGUAUCGACCAUUGCGUUUGUCUGGCUCUCGCAUCGGGUCGCGGGCGCAACAGGCGAUAUCACCGAGUGGAUGGUGGGAAGGAAGAAGUCCUUGCCUAUGCCAGUGACUGCGGUAGCGGGAGUGGUGGAAGGGUCGGCGGAUGGCGCGCAGAGUGGCGUUCCAGAAAGUAUCCCGUUGAUGGGGCAGGAGAAGGACGGGGAGACUGGACACAAUGUGAGUGGACAUUUGAAUGUGCUGAUCCAGUUCACGGCGCGAUCUACAAAAUCAUCAUCAUCAUCCGGCAACGCUGUUGUCGACAUCUUUGGGAAGAUCAGGGAUAUGGCUGAUAAGAGCAAUGCCGUCAAGCUGGGGUUGGUACUGUUGGGUUUAUGGGUCCUCAACUGGGUCUACUAG